AAAAGUCAUAACGUAACGGAUACUUUUAUUUUGUUGCUCGACACAAUUUUAUUUACUAAUCAGUGUGUGUUAUUAGAACCUUUGUUUACCAUGUCGGUCUUUAGAAACUUAAGAGAUGCAUGUAUUAAUUUCCAAGAGGCUCUAGAAAAUGAUUCUACCCAGUUAUUCUGUGCUAGAAUUGGACAAUCUUACGAUGAAGAAAUCGCCAAUAAAAUGCAAGAUUUAUCACUAUUUUCUGCCAAGUUAAGGCUUCUGCAGGCAAAAUAUAUAUCAAUGGGCCCCGAUCGUCCACAACCAAGCUCCGAAGAAACAACAAUGGCCCAGUAUGAAGACACAGCCACAUGGAAAGUGCUGGAGCAGAAGACAGUAAAGAGUGUGACCCAGUUCCAUGAUGUGCGAAGGUUGAUAACUACACCGGAUAGCAAACUAGAACCAGAGCAGAUGCAGAGGAAAGAAGAAAUCAUCGCCAAGCUAAAAGAAUACCGAGACAAAGAGAGGCAGCUACGAGUAACCGAAGCAUUGCUAACAAAGGCAGAUGAGGAGCACAGUGCGCUGCGGAGACAGUGGGACGAGGAGUUGGGGGAACUGCGGGAUAUGAGCGAGCAGGCGAGCGCGGAGGAGGAGAUUGAGGAGGGACCUUUGCAUAACAAAUUAAAAGUGUUAGUUCAGAAGCUGGAGAUGAUGCGAUGGCUGAUAUCUCGCCUGGUGACCGCGCGGUCGAGCUACGACUGGCUGGCGGACCCCGACCGCCGCCUGCGGGCGCUCAAGAUGGCGCGCGAGACCAACACCAUCGAGGAUUAUACUGGGAUGUAGCAAACAAGUUUUAAAUAUAUCAUCACUGGAAA